UUGAGUUCAUGCGGUUUCUGUACACAUUCAUUUCUGUGAUGGUGCUGGCCUGGCUUCUGAGUCCAAGUACCAUGAACCAGGACAGUGCUGCCGCCAAGUAUAUCUCCUGGAGCGAGUUUCAUCACAACAUUCUUCUCAAGGGGGAGGUGAAGAGUAUCUAUCUCCACUUUUCAUCAGAAGAAGGAGGUGAAGAUCUGGCCAUUAUUGAAGUCUACCCUGGUGCUGUCAUUAAAGGACAGGUGACGCACAGAACACACUACAUGAUCAAAAUACCAAAAGGAUUUAACUUUGAGGAAAAGGUUAGACAGGUGGAAGAUGAACUGAACAUACCACUCAAAGACAGGAUACCUAUCACAUACGUGUAUCCCAACUCCUGGGUGAUGCUGGCAAUGCAGCUGUUUGUCAUCGCGGUGCUGUUCAUCUUCAUCCGUCAAAUGUUUACUUCUCUAUUCAAGGGCAAGGACGGCAACACAACUGACAUGAUUGACAUGUUCUUUGGUGGUAUCCGACAAGCCAAGUUCACACGAGUAGACAUCAUGUCCAAGGGGCAUGAAGCUAUAACCUUCAAGGAUGUGGCAGGGCUGCGGGAGGCCAAGAUUGAGGUCAUGGAGUUUGUUGAUUACCUCACAAAUCCACAGAGAUUCAAGGAUCUGGGAGCGAAAACCCCACGGGGUGCCUUGUUGCUGGGGCCUCCUGGCUGUGGUAAAACACUGCUGGCCAGGGCACUCGCCACAGAGGCCAAAGUUCCAUUCCUGGCUAUGGCAGGGUCAGAGUUUGUGGAAAUGAUUGGUGGAGUUGGAGCUGCCAGAAUUAGAAGCCUCUUCAAGGAAGCUCGAAACAAGGCUCCGUGUAUCAUCUAUAUUGAUGAAAUAGAUGCUGUUGGUCGCAGCAGAGGAGGGCUGUCCAGCGGCGGUGGAGAAGAUGAGCACACCUUGAACCAGUUGCUGGUGGAGAUGGACGGCAUUGGGACACAAGAAGGGGUCAUUAUGUUGGCAGCUACCAACAGGGCAGAUAUACUAGAUAAGGCUUUGCUACGCCCGGGACGUUUUGACAGACAUAUCAUGAUUGAUCUCCCCACGCUUGCUGAGCGGGAGGAAAUCUUCACCGUAUACUUGAACCGGUUGAAACUGGCUCAGCCUGCCAGUCACUACGCCAGGCCUCUAUCCAAACUGACACCAGGGAUGAGUGGUGCAGACAUUGCUAAUAUUUGUAAUGAAGCAGCCAUCCAUGCUGCACGUCACAAGAAGAAAGUUGUUGAGAGAGAAGAUUUUGAAUAUGCUGUUGAGCGAGUCAUUGCAGGUGCUGAAAAGAAGACCAGCUUGCUGUCACCGUCAGAGAAAAAAGUGGUGGCUUAUCACGAGUCGGGGCAUGCCCUGGUUGGGUGGCUGCUGAAGUACACAGAUGCUUUAUUGAGGAUUUCCAUUGUACCAAGGACAAACAGUGCCUUGGGCUUUGCUCAGUACCUGCCAUCAGACCAGAAGCUUUACUCCCAAGAAGAGUUAUUUGAACGCAUGUGCAUGGCAUUAGGUGGAAGGGCGGCAGAGAACCUUAUUUUCAACCAUGUGUCGACAGGCGCUCAGGAUGAUUUGCAAAGAGUUACCAAAAUGGCAUAUGACCAGAUCCGCUCUUUCGGCAUGAAUUCUCGGAUAGGCCAUCUUUCGUUUCCACAAGAUGAUGAACAGCAGGGUGUAAAGCCUUACAGUCAGAGGUUGGCAUCACUUAUUGAUGAAGAGGCAAGAAUGUUGGUGGCCAAGGCUUUCCUGCACACGCAGUCAGUGCUACAACAGAACAAGGAUAAACUGCAGAAGCUUGCUACCACACUGCUUGAGAAGGAGGUACUCAACUACGACGACAUUGAGAAGCUGAUUGGGCCACCACCCCACGGGAAGAAGCACAUCAUCGAGCCUCACGGCUGGGAAGGCAUCAUGCCGGAGCCAAAUGUGGAGAAAAAUAAACAGUAA